CGCCGAGCCUUGGUAUUUCUUUAUUAUUGUCAGGGGUUGGUAUGGGCCAAAGGCUAAGAAUAGUUUUCAUGUUUUUUAGUUUUACAUUUUUAACGAUCGGUGGUAAAUCUAAAGGGAGUAUUUCAUGACAUGUUAAAAUUAUAUGAAAUUCAAGUAUCAGCACCCAUAAAUAAUUCUACUGGACCACUGCCAUGCUCAGUUUCUAUCGACUAAUACGGUUUUUCACUGCAAUAGCAAAAUUUAAAGGGGGAGGGCAAAGGCCAAAAACCCCUUAGAAUAGGACUUCCUCCAGGUUAAAUUUCCUCAGUCUAAUCACUUCCCUAGUCAUCUACAAAUAGAAAGGCAGAAAGGAGUAUUAGCAACACCCUGAAUGCUACAAAUUAGCAAAUCAAAAGACAACCCAAAUCUCACUGUCAACACUCUCUCCACAAAACCAAUGCUAAAGAGGCUGACCACCCAACUAGUGGCUUUCAAAUUACUUUACCUUUGAAUGGAGGUGUCCGUGAACUAGAACAAGUUCCAGUAAUGCUGCUAAAAUCCCACACAGCCAAAUAGCAAUGAGGAAAAACAAAGUUAAUAAACAUAAUUGUCUUUAAUCUUCAAAUUGUUGGCUACCAAAAAAAGUGAACAAAAAGCAAAGGAACAGAACGAAAAAGUAGACCAAUUCAAUUGUAACUAGAGUGUAGGAUCCUAAAUCUUUAGACCUGAAACAUCUGAUCAUAUUUUCUGCAAGAAAAUAGCUUCUGGCUCCCAGGAUGAGAAGUUAAAUGCACGGCGUCUGCAAACAGUUUCACAGCUUACACAGCAACAAGUUAGGCUUUCUCCUCUCCAAAAGUACAACAAAAUUUGCUCAUCUCUUUCUAUCACCAUUCUGCCAAUCGAAUGUUGGGGGCUGGGGAUAGACAAGCUAUCUUUUCUACUACCAACGUCAUACUCCACCUAGCUCCUCCUCCCAGCCCCUUCACACCUCAGCCAAGCACUAACUCCUCCCCGGCUCCUUCGCCUCAGCUCAGCACCUCUUCCCUGACCCAUCACGCUUCUACCUGCCGACUCGUCCUCCCCUACCUCAUCACCUCAGCUGCUUCCUCCAAAAAUCAAAGACCCACGAAAAUUCCACCAGCAGAAGAGCAAAUCAGGGAGCCUAUAAAGGAAAAGCCUGGAAUUCCUAAACAAGCACCAUCUGCUCUUGCGGAGAAACUCACGACACAGCUCCAAAAGAGGAAAUAAGGGCUUGGCUCUCACCCAGUUCGUGAGUGUUUACUGAGAGGCUGCUGCGGUCGGGACCCCGCGCAAGGAGCUGAGGAUACAAAGGUGAGGAGCAGAAUGGCAGCACUCGCUCUCUCUCGGCUCCCACUCCAACGGGGGAGGUAGAUAAUUUCGAUACAGUUCGCCAAGCAGAGGUAGAACUAGAUGCCUUUGAAGCCCACCGCGAGGAAAACUUACCUGAGUCCUGAAUAUUAAAAGCUAAAACGCAACUAGUCGGAAGUGACGUUCUAACUGAGAACCGCAGCCACGUAAUUGGCCGCCUCCUUAACUAGCCACCCUUUCCCCGGACAGACCCAAAGGAAAAGUGUGGCUGAAAGUCCACAAGCCGCCCUAGCCGCUGUCGGGGACUCCCACCCUAUUACGGAUCGGCAAGAGCCAGAGCCAGGACCCACAACCAAAAAAAGAGAAGCCUCGCCAACCUGGGCGCGGGUCCCGCGCCCUGAGGGCAAUGGGCUUCAGCGCUCCCGCACGCGCAUGCGCGGCCCUCUUUCUCCAGGAGGAUUCCUCGGGUCACCUGGACGCCGGCAUCUCAACCACCUGCCCCUCUGGGUCCCUUCUCGUCCUUGCCUCCGCGCUUUGGAUCUCACCUCCGGCUUUCUGCCAUCUCUUUCUCCCGCAGACAUUGUUAAACCUGGCCGCAACCGAUCUCGGAUACCGCAGCUUCCACUGACACGAGCCUCGGCGCGGCUUCCGCUUCCGGCGAGUAUUGUGUGUCGCACAGCGGGGCGGGGGCGAGGGGAGGAGGAAGGAGGGAGGCAGUGCUCCGGCGGCUCCGCGCCCCGCACUCCCGGACCCGAAGCCGGGAAGAAACAUGUUAAACUAGGAUAUGGUGGUCUGGAACUAUUGGUUUUAAGAUACAAAUGGAAUCAACUGGAUCAGGAGAAGUGUGCUGAACUAGAGUUGAAGGAAGCCUCUGAUUCUAACAAGAGAAAACAGAGUUAAAUAAUGGCAGAGACAAGUCUGUUAGAGGCUGGGGCCUCUGCGGCCUCCACAGCUGCAGCUCUGGAGAACUUACAGGUGGAAGCAAGUUGUUCUGUGUGCUUGGAGUAUCUUAAGGAGCCUGUCAUCAUUGAAUGUGGGCACAACUUCUGCAAAGCUUGCAUCACCCGCUGGUGGGAAGACCUAGAGAGGGACUUCCCUUGUCCUGUUUGUCGAAAGACCUCUCGCUACCGCAGUCUUCGGCCUAAUCGGCAGCUAGGCAGUAUGGUGGAAAUUGCCAAGCAACUUCAGUCUGUCAAGCGGAAGAUCCGGGAUGAGAACCUCUGCUCCCAGCACCAUGAACCCCUUAGUCUUUUCUGCUAUGAGGACCAGGAGGCUGUAUGUUUGAUUUGUGCAAUUUCCCACACCCACCGGGCCCAUACUGUUGUGCCACUGGAUGACGCUACACAAGAGUACAAGGAAAAACUGCAAAAGUGCCUGGAGCCCCUGGAACAGAAGCUGCAGGAGAUUACCCGCUGCAAGUCCUCUGAGGAAAAGAAGCCUAGUGAGCUCAAGAGACUAGUGGAGAGUCGCCGACAACAGAUCUUAAGGGAAUUUGAAGAGCUUCAUAGGAGACUAGAUGAAGAGCAGCAGGUGUUGCUUUCACGACUAGAAGAAGAAGAACAGGACAUUCUGCAGCGGCUCCGAGAAAAUGCUGCUCACCUUGGGGACAAGCGCCGGGACCUGGCCCACUUGGCUGCCGAGGUGGAGGGCAAGUGCUUACAGUCGGGCUUCGAGAUGCUUAAGGAUGUCAAAAGUACCCUGGAAAAAUGUGAGAAGGUGAAGACCAUGGAAGUAACUUCAGUAUCCAUAGAGCUGGAAAAGAACUUCAGCAGCUUUCCCCGACAGUACUUUGCCCUAAGGAAAAUCCUUAAACAGCUAAUUGCGGAUGUGACCCUGGAUCCUGAGACGGCUCAUCCUAACCUAGUCCUGUCAGAGGAUCGUAAGAGCGUCAAGUUCGUGGAGACAAGACUCCGAGAUCUCCCUGACACACCAAGGCGUUUCACUUAUUACCCUUGCGUCCUGGCUACUGAGGGUUUCACUUCAGGUCGACACUACUGGGAGGUAGAAGUGGGUGACAAGACCCACUGGGCAGUGGGUGUGUGCCGGGACUCUGUGAGCCGAAAGGGCGAGCUGACUCCACUCCCUGAGACUGGCUAUUGGCGGGUGCGGCUGUGGAACGGGGACAAAUAUGCAGCCACCACCACACCUUUUACCCCUUUGCACAUCAAAGUGAAACCCAAACGGGUAGGCAUAUUCCUCGACUAUGAGGCCGGCACAGUGUCUUUUUACAAUGUCACAGACCGUUCUCAUAUCUAUACCUUCACUGAUACUUUUACUGAGAAACUUUGGCCCCUCUUCUACCCAGGCAUCCGGGCUGGUCGGAAGAAUGCUGCACCACUUACCAUCAGACCCCCAACAGAUUGGGAGUGACAGGUUGGGACAUGGGAAUAACUGGGGUGAGGCAGGGUCAAGUGCUAUGGGGCCUUCCUUCCUGUGUCCUGCUGGAGCGUCUUCAUGACUGCCUGGUUCCAGUCCCGAAUCAUCUUGGAGAAGCACCUCGGUUUCUAGGAUGGUUUGUGUGAAGUCGUUAGGACUGGGCUGUGAGGAGAGAGGAUAGCAGUGUCUUCCCUCCUAACUGUCAGGGUGGGGAGCUGGUUCCCAGGGGAUUGUCUCCCAUGAAGUCCAUCAGGUUUCUAUUGCAUAAGGAUGGGUUGGGAAGGAAGGAAAAGCUUUUCCAGAAACAAAAAAAGUCUGUCAGAGAUUCUGACUUGCUCAAACUGGAGGAGGAAACGGAAAUCCCUGCACAUCCUUUCGGGGGAUUAUUUGACUCAAAAUAGUCUUGUUUCUUCAGGUAGAUCACAGGGGUCUGUGUACCUCUAAAUUGAAGAAAGAUGAAUGACAGUUGCUUUCGUGGGUCUAGAAGUUGAGGAGUUUUUCUGAGGGCAGAGAUUGGGCAUUAAAAAGGUUAAAACAAGGAAAGUCAGGGAAUGGGGGAUAAAGGAACAGAUUCUUAGAGACCAAUGAAGGGGAGUGGGGUUUCUUUGGUCUUCUAUUCCCAGGGUAAAUUUGCCCUUAUGAGUGGGAUUUGCCAGGGGUAGGAGUGUGGGGAAAAGGAGAGGGUGAGAAGAAAGCAGAGGAGAACUCAAGUCCCUGCCUCAGCCAUCAGCAGAGUUGGCUGAUUCCAUGCCUUCUUAUAAUUGGUUGUCUCCAAGAGGUCAGUCAGAGGCAAGGAGGAAGAGGUCCUGCAAGCCACAUCCACCUUUUCACUGUUUCCCCAAGGGAACUUGGAAAGGAGGGUCAGGGAUUAGAGGAAAGAGAAAGGUAUUUCUAUCCAAAGCCCUGGCCUUAAAGAAUGUUACCAAGUAGCUACUCUCAAGUUGUCAGUCUUGUUACCAGCCAAGGUGCCUGAGCCAGAAUGGAAAAAAAGUAAUGUAGUUUUUCUUACCCUGAGGACAGGGUAGAAGAGGAUGGUGUGUGUACUGAAGGGCCAGAAAGGCAACUUCUUUUGGCCUGUAUGAAUCUGGCCUAGAACUGUUGGUUACAAGAGCCAGACUUUUGUGUGUUUGUUGCCACCCCUCACCCUUUACCAUUCCCCUUUUCAGAGAAUGUAAAUCAUUUUAAUGUUAGGCCAAAAUAAAUAAUUUUAGGGUACAUAUGUUGUCAUAAAAGGUAAAGCAAUGCAUGCCAAACCAAACUAAAACUAUUUGGAUUAUCUGUUCUUUGGGCAAUCUUCACAGAAGACUGAAACAAGAAACUGCAGUUUAUUGAGGGCAUUUCAGUUCCUCCUACCACCUCAACAGGAUUUUGUCCAGACUCUCCUCCUCUUACCUUUGUGCCUUGACUGUGGUUCUUUGUGGCAAGAUACUUUGGUUGGUAAAAAUAAUAUGGAACAAAGGAUCCACUGAAGUGA